GAAGUGUAGUAAUUUAAUUCAUUUAUCAUAGAGAAUUGUUAGCUUAAUUACACAACAUUACACACAGUAGGAACUUGGUUGGUGACAGGAUGGGUAUGGGGUGCAUAAUAAAGAUAUUAAACUAACUGACAGUGCGACCUUAGUAAGUUAAUUCAGACACAUUUAGAUAGUGUGACUGAUUACAAUUAUCUUGCAUAAUAAUAUGUGUAAAUUACCUAGCAUAACCUAAAAAAAUCAAAGUAACUUGUUUCCAAUUUGGUCCUUGAGCUUGACUGACUGAGAAAUGUGAGGCUGGUGACUGGGUGUGGCUGGAGGUAUAAAAGCAAGCUGGAGGCCAGGGAGGAGACAGUGUCUGCUCACAUCACAUAAGUUAACAUGUUCACCUCUGUGUUGUUGAUGUGCAUGCUGGUGGCUGCUGGUGUGGCUCUUCCAGUGGGCUAUGAUGUACCCAUCCCUUACAACUUUAAUUAUGGGGUGAGCGCCGGAGACACCAACUUUGGUCAACAGGAGAGUGGUGAUGGUUCUAACGUCAAGGGUACAUACUAUGUGAACCUUCCUGACGGUCGUGUGCAAACUGUGGCUUACUGGGCCGAUGGUAGUGGUUACCACCCAACAGUGACCUACCAGGGCACUGCUAGUUACCCCAGCUAUGCUCCUUCUUACGGCUACCACUGAUAUACAAGCCAAACACAUCUUCAAUAUUUCCUCACCCUGAACACUCAAUAAGUUAGGCGUCUUCUUGAUAUAAUGAACUUUGUUAAAAGAUGUUUUAAUGAUUGUUUUCUUGGCAAAAAUGAGGUCCCUUAUAUUUGAAUAAAAUUUGGGAUUUAAUAUA